ACCUCGAAAACGCGCGUACAAGGGUGGCCGGUUUGUGGUUGUUGAUUGUCAGUGAUUCACAGUCUGCUCUUGCAUGCGGGUGCUCAGUGACCGGCUUCCCUGACUUCUUCGUACUCUGGAACAUUGUCAGCGGACACCAACGCAUCGCAGAAUCGCAAACGUUUCAACAUGUCUAACCUGGGACUGGACAUUGCCCUGGGCCUCAUAAAGGUCCUGGUGUCUGCGUACGAUGUUGUCACACUUCCUGUCUACUUCGUGUGCCAAAGGCCAUGGGACUACUGGAAGAAAAGGAACCUGGCGUUUGCUAAGUGUGCGAUUGAGGGGGACCCCAGUGCACCGUACGUGCGCACCUACAGCAAUGGGCUGGACAGCCUCAGUGGCGUGCGUACCAUGGACGAGCUGACACGAAAGGCAAUCCACACGUUUGGGGACCGGCCGUGCUUUGGCCACCGCCCAGUGCUUGGAGAGAGUGAAGAGAAGCAGGAAGAUGGAAAAGUCUUCAAGAAGCUUGUCCUGGGCGACUACCAGUGGAUGUCGUACAAUGAAGUGGAUGAGAAGAUCGACCUCAUCGGUCGUGGCCUUAUGGCACUUGGUGUGCGUCCCCGCCAGAAUGUCGUCAUCUUGGCCGAGACGCGCAUUGAGUGGAUGCUCGCAGCACAGGCCUGUCUGCGCAUCAACAUCCCAGUGGUCACACUGUAUGCAACACUCGGGGAAGAUGGAAUCAUCCAUGGCAUCAAUGAAACUGAGGCCACCCACCUCAUCACCUCCUACGAUCUCAUGCCAAGGAUUGCGAAAAUUAUCCACAAGAUUCCAUCCCUGACGCACAUAAUCUACAUGGAAAACCCUGUGGCCAAGGGUCCCCCUGUGGCACCGAAUGGCCUCCACCUCGUUCCUUUCGCCAAGCUCGAGGAGAGUGGCCGCACGGCCGACACGGAGCUGCGAGGCGAGACGCCCACGGCUGACGACGUUGCCAUCAUCAUGUACACGAGUGGCUCCACAGGUGUGCCAAAGGGCGUCAUGAUCACCCACGGCAACAUAGUCACCACUGCUCGGGGAUUCAGCGUCAUCUGCAAGGAUGUCGGUGACACUGAUGCCUACAUUGCCUACCUGCCUCUUGCACACGUCCUCGAGCUGGCAGCUGAGUGCCUCUCUUUUGCCUUGGGAGCAAGAAUCGGCUAUUCAUCCCCACUCACACUGACAGACAAGUCCACUGGAAUUCAAAAGGGCUGCAAAGGCGACGCAUCUCUACUAAAGCCUACCAUCAUGGUGUCUGUGCCGCUAAUUCUGGAUCGAAUUCGCAAGAGCAUCACAGAAGUGGCGUCUGUGAAGGGGCCUUUCUUCCGGCGCUUCUUUGAGUACCUCAUCUCCUACAAGGCAUUUUGGCUUCGACUUGGCUUCAACACACCACUGCUGAACAAGCUAGUGUUCAGCAAGAUGCGGGCCUUGCUUGGUGGCCGAGUGAAAGUGAUUGCCACGGGCUCUGCACCACUCUCAGCUGACACGCAUGAGUUCAUCCAGGCCUGCCUUGAUUGCUACGUUGUGCAGGGAUACGGCCUCACUGAGACGGCUGCUGGUGCCACCAUCAUGGACUUGGAUGACAUGAGCUUUGGCCGCGUGGGAGCGCCCCUGGUGGGCUGCUACAUCAAGCUUGUCGACUGGGAUGAGGCCAACUACCACGUGACGGACAAACCGUACCCCCGUGGCGAAAUCCUGGUUGGGGGACCCUGCAUCACCAAGGGCUACUACAAGAAUGAGGCGCUCACAAAUGAGUGCUACCGGGAAGAAGACGGUAUCCGCUGGUUCUACACAGGUGACAUCGGAGAGAUGUACCCUGAUGGAACGGUCAAAAUCAUCGAUCGCAAGAAGGACCUGGUGAAGCUCCAGUUCGGAGAGUACAUCUCUUUGGGCAAGGUGGAGACAGAGCUCAAGACUUGCCCUCUGAUUGACAACCUUUGUGUGUACGGAAACUCGUUCCACACAUACCUGGUGGCGCUAGUGGCGCCCAACCCCAAACAGCUGCAGAUGCUUGCUGACAAGCUAGGCCGUGGCCACCUGACCUUCGAACAGCUCUGCAACGACCCUGUGGUGGUGAAUGCGGCUGCUGAGGCCAUCAUCUCUCACGCCCGCAAAGCCAACCUGCAGAAGAUGGAGAUUCCAACCAAGCUGAAGCUGUGCCGUGAGGACUGGCAGCCAGACACCGGGCUCGUCACAGCUGCCUACAAAAUCCGCCGCAAGAAGAUCCAGCAGUUCUACCAGAACGACAUCGACGAGCUAUACGACAUCUCAGUGCGGGCUUCCAAGUCCACGUGAAGCUGCUGGGCCCGCCCGGCAAGAGCAUCGGUGAAGAGCAAAAAGAAACCAUGCAUCACUGCAACCCACUUCCUCCAAGCGUCGUUUCCACUUGCACAAGGGCUGCACGCGCACAUCCACGCGACCAUUUUGGAACUCUGCCGCGACUGCGCGUGUUGUGUACAUAGGACUGUGUUGUACAGAAGAGACCUCUCUCCACCAAGACCCCCUCCUCCUGCCCGUUCCAGUGUGCAAGUGCAGCAAGCGGCGGAACUGUGAUAGCUGCCAUUUGCGUGGCAACGUUGAAAACUGUGGGGGAGGGGCUUUGGGACAACUAUGCGCACACAGACACACAUGCUUUAUGCAAUGAGCGCAGUGUUGCUGUAGUAGACUUGUCUGUUGGGAGGGGAGAAAAAGCUGCUGCCACAGUGUUGCUUGUACAUUUCCUCCCCCCCUCCUUUUACAACCUUUUUUUUUUUACCUUCCAGUCAAUGUUGCCUGUGCGCACAUUUUUUUAGUUCUCUCACAUCCACUGCGCGAAUUUUUUUUUUGUUCUUUUUUUUAGGACAGAGUCUUGUGUUCAGUUUCGGGAGGGGACUCUUUGCAUCCUUUGUUAAUUUAUUAUACAUAAUAAAAAAACAAGGAUGGUUUUUGCAUUUAAUGCAAGCAGCAGUGUUCCCUCGUGAGUGAGAAGACUGGGGGAUUGUAUCUUUUUUAAGUGCGAAGGAGUGAGGCCAAUUUUUUGUUAGUGUUUUUGUUUGUUCAAGUGGAUGUUUUUAGUGUUCCUUGUAAAUAGUGAAACACAACUUUGUGUUGCUCUACUCUAUUUAUGGCAUUCUCUUAUACACUGUUGACUAGUUCAGAAUAAGGGGGACCAUGUUGUGUGUUCUUCUGCUUGUGUACCCACUCUUCCUUCUGGCUGGGGGCCUCUAUCUCCUCAUCUUUUUUUUUUCCUCUCUCGAAAUGUGUUGACUUGUCAUGAUCUUGAAAAACUAAUAUUGUUGUGCCUUUCAUUUCGAAGCUCCCCUAGUGAAAACAAUAAAUAUACAAGUGUUGGA